AUGGUAUGGUGGGUCUGGCUGGCUUUCAUGAUAAUCGGUACUGGUAGCAGUCUGGCGCACUGGCUCCCAACUACACUCCCACGAGUGGCACCUUGGACCGUGGGUUUCGAGCCGGAGCUAGUACCAUGCUGGAGGCAAGUCGACAGCCUGUCGCAGUGUUGCAAGCGAGAGGGCUUUCAGACAUGCGGCGGCGAAAAUGUGCGCUCAAGAUGCUGUGCGUUCCCCGGAAGCGUGAUUCACGGGGAAGGCUUGCUGCCAGAACUCGCAGAGGAAUGCUGGGUCACAACCAGCCCGAUGAAUGUGACACAGGAUACCAAUGGCCCCUUCUGGGUCAGGCAGCGGAACUAUCUUGUCAGCUGGGUGCUCGCGAACCAUCCCAACGAUGUAUUAGAUACCCCGUUGAGAGAGCAUGGGGAGAUUUCAGAGGAGAUGUCAGCACUGCUGGCCGCAGAAUGUCAAGUUGGUAUCAUCGCGCUUCAGCUCCUGCAGAGCGAAACUUGCAGCAGCACACGUUCUGCCGCAGCUCAGCAAGUGCUUCGAAUGCCGUGGCCAGCUGCCGUGUUCAGUGGUUGGCCAGUCUUCCUCCUAUUGGCACAUGCUGCCGAAGAUGCCUGCAGCGUUCCUUCCAACAGCUCCGACGAUGACGUGCUGGUCGCCGCCCUUUUGGGACUCUGUGAGAAGAUGGAGGCUGCUGUUGCCGGGACCGCCCGGCUUGCUGCCGAGGCAGCCUCUUCACAGGAUCCCUUGGUCAUCCAGCCUGGCGAGAGACUCACUGCGCAGAUGGAGGCUGCCAAAGUUUCCUUGGAGCUCCUGCAGAAGAUGGCAAUCAGAGAACCAUCAGCCCCAAAGCCCGCGAAACUAUGGCUCAUCUUGCACCGGUUGCAGGAGGCACUCAGCCUCAGAGGGACUUGUCCGCCAGGGACGUUUCUGACGAAGGUCCGUGCCUUAGGCUGGGAGUAUCGAAUUUGUAUCCGGCAACCGGAAUCGUUGGGUUCUUGGCUUGGUGGAUCCUUGGUAGACAAACGGAUCUUGAACCAGGGCCAGUGGUCGGAAUGCGCUUUGUCCGCAGAGCUGCUUCCACCUCCAACUUCCCAGCUAAGCCCACAGCACUGGCGUUCUGCUGGGAGCGGCUGCAUCGUCAUCGACCUUGGGGCCAACAUCGGAGCCUGUACGCUGCUUUUCGCUUCCAUGGGUCACCGGGUCAUUGCUGUGGAGCCUGAGCCAUCAAACCUGCUCAUGCUGCACGCCUCCCUCACCUUGCCGCAGGACGCGACACUGGGCUUCGGAAAAGUUGCUAUUUCACCUGUCGCCGUCGAUGAGGCGGCUGGAACUGUCCAGCUAAGACGGAACCCGUUCGACGCAGGCAACAGCACUAUAGUUCAAAGCGGUGAGGAAAGCGCCGCAGAUCAGAUGCCUUUGGUCGAGUUUUCCAGCAUCGUCCCUGCGCGCCCGUUGGACGAGAUAGCAGAGGAGCAGGCUUUCCGCCUUGGUGGCUCCCUGUCAAACAUUUGCAUGAUGAAGAUGGACAUCGAAGGAGCUGAGCUCAAAGCUUUGCGAAGUGCACCGAAGUUACUGUCGGGGCCGCUGCGUGCAAUCUCCUUCGAGUUCUCCCCAGGACCGACAGAAGCAGACAUAGCUGAAGCAGUCGUUCUCUUGCAGCUGCUGGCAGGGCAUGGCUUUGUGAUCUUCGGUCAUCGCGGGAUGACUAGCGGACUCGUCGUUAGCGAGGAACGCGAGUAUGCAGCUCAUGAGUUUGAGAGCCUUAAUGUGCAAAUGACCGAUGCAGAUGCAGAUGCUUUCAUUGAGGAGGUACGAUUGGAGCACUUCCACACCUGGCUCGAGGAAGCACAGAUCCGGCCCAGUGAGAUCCUGCACCUGAAGGGUUUCGGUGGGAAUGUGCCCAGCUUCUUUGACAAGGAGGCGGUUACGGAAGCAAGCCGGUCUUCUCUUUUGGUCUGGGAUGGUGAUGAGCUCAAAGAAACAAGCUUUACCAGAUUGAUUCCGGAAUACCUGAAGUCUGGAGAAAGCCGACGAGUUGUUGCUUUCAGGAUAAACGAUUCUAUCGACAGCUUCAAGGCAAGCUGGAAGGAGGUUGCAGCCGCACACCCCGGCCGCAUAGCUGUUGUGCCCGUUGACCUCGCGGACCUCAUGAGUCGCCUUAGGCGAUAUGAGGCAGCCAUGAAGGAUAUACCACCGGGACGGCAAAAAUUUGUGAUGCUCGGCCGUCUGGCCAUUGAGGCGAGCGGCGCGAAGCAAGUCGUUGCACUUGGUGGAGGGAGCAUCAGCCAAAAGGAAGCUGAGCUCAGUUGCGGCGAGGACGUCUUCUGGACAGUCUUUGCCCUCAGCCGCGGAAAACCUGAGCAGCAUCUUGGGCACCUACUCUCAUGGACUGGGCUGCAACCCACCCGGACAUCGCAAGACUGGUUGGUGGCCAGGAUCCAGAUGAAAAGCUCGGCUUUUUCACCGAAUGUGGCAGAGAUUGGUCUGAGCAGCGGAAAGUGGCACAAAGCCCGAAAGGGCCAGCCAAACCUGGCUAGGUUCCGUGACAAGGACCUGCAUGUCCGGUCAAAUUAUACCCAGGAGGAGCCAGAGAGGCAGGCUGAGGCAGGCUGGGACAGGCGGCAUCCAGCCGUUGGCGUUGCGACUUUGCAGCCAGCGACAGUGAUGCGCGUUGACGCUGCUGAAUUUGUGCCCCUCGCUGGAUCCUCCAGCGCUGAUGGUUCGGGGGAGCUGAAAACGGACUGUCUGCAGACAGUCCUGCCUUUGUUCCUGGCGCACAGGAUGUAUCGUGGCAGGCGCCGCCGUGGGAGGUGUGGCACGGCCAAGACUACGUACAACGCGCCAGAGAGCACGGAAGCUGCGCCGAUCGUGACAUAUGUGGACGAGGAAACGUUCCUUACUCCUCAGCUCUUGGACGAGAUACCGGAGCAAGCACACUCACUGCCUUUGUCCCCAAAGUCCGGCAAGGAGACCCAAGAUGACGGCAGCCUUUCAGAAACUCCCGACAAAGAGUUUGUGUUCUUACACAACCACACAGGCUUUGGCGGCAGUCAAGCAGCGACCGCGACGACAGAGGAACGAUCACGCCACAGCGAGCUUACAGGCACUGGUGGCGCGGCCAGUAGCACUUGUCCGUCGGCAACUGCUGGCUGCAGCGCGGGUGUGCUCAGCGUUCAUGGUCGCAAGCUCCUCUGGACUCUUACAGGAAGGGAUUGUCAGAGCUGCAAUGAUCUCUUCGUGCUGGACGAGUGGCCUCAGGGCGAAGGAAAGAGGGGCAGCUGUUGUAGCACCGACAACCGGCGACGGGCGAAAACGAAUCGAGAGCUGCAGCAGACAAUGUGCAAAACCGACCGCAAGCUCUUGGCAAAGCAGCUCCAGUGCAAGCAAUCUCCGAAGAGCAGCGGCAAGCUCCACAAAGAGAUCAAACAAGCGAAGUCCUGGAGACAUGCCCUGCAUCUCCUUUACAGUCAGGUCGUGACCUACGGCGCGGCCGUGAGUUCUUUCACCAAAGCAGAGACCUGGCACGGGGCCUGGCAGCUCCUGGGGCAGAUGACCAUCAGACAGCUGCAGCUCUCCAUCGUCGCCUGCGGUGCUGCAGUCAGCGGCUGUGAGAAAGCGGGCUCCUGGACGACAGCCCUCGGGUUGAUUACACAGAUGGAUCACCGGAGCUUGUCCUCCAACAUCAUAUCUCAAAGUGCUUCGGUCAGUGCCUGUCAGAAGAGUGCCCGCUGGCAGUGUGCAGCAUUGCUCCUAUCUGGGGCAGAAGUCAAUGCGGUUCAAGCAGACCGGCCCAUGCAGAAUGCCUUGAUUUUUGCAUGCGCCAGCGAUAACCAAUGGGUCGGAGUACUGAGCUUGCUCGACGCUUCGCCAAACCUGUCUUUGCAGCCGAAUGUCGCGACAUGCAACUCAGUCCUGGCCGCUUUUGAGGGAGGAGGCUGGCAAGAAGCCUCCUGCAUCCUUGCCCGCAUGAAGUCCCUGGAGCUGAAGCAAGACGUGAUAACACACACUUCUGUUUCCAGCAUCCUGGAGAAAGUUGUACAGUGGCGGCGCUCCUUGCACCUUCUCUUCAUCCAACGAGUAAGCCCCCAAGAGACCAGCGACAGCUUGAGCCUGCUCAACAUGAACUCGGUCAUCAGUGCCUGUGCACGUGCAGAAAAUUGGCGGAUGGUCGCAACGAUGAUGGGCCGCAUGCAGGAUGAAUGGCUUGAGCCAGACCUGGUGACAUGCAAUGCAGCCAUCACCGCCCUUGAACGUCUUUUUCAGUUUCACGCUGCAGUGUCACCAGCCAAGUUCGUGCGCACCUUUUGCACCAUGGUGGGGAUGGCGGGGGUGCCUGCAGACUGUGUCGAAAGCCAGCGGUUCGUGGUUGCAGGAGUGAUCUUGAGAUUGGUCUUUUUCCCUGCUGGCUCUGCGUUGACCGGAGAUGGCGACUGCGCGGUCGGGUUGCUCUCCGAGGACAAGGCUAAGUUGAAGUUCGAGCUCUUCCUGAACGAUCGGCGGAGUGGCACAAAAGUGAUGCUCGGGCAGAAGUUCA